AGCUAAAUGCAAGCUCGGUAGAUGUGAGGGGUCGGCAGGAGCAAGGCAAGCGGAGAGGCCAAGAGCGGACCAAGACAAAGAAGCUCACGAAGUGGCCGUCCGGCACGAGACGAGGAGCGGAUGGGAGCACUACAUGGGUCGGGAGGGGAGGCUAGGGCCUUCGGUAAUUAGGCUCGAACAGGAGUAUACCACCCCGGUCGGACCGGAGGCCGAAGCCCAUGCAACCAAGUAA